CCUGGGUGGCAACAUGGAUAGUUGAUAUCUCUGUUCGAUAUCUCAACUCGACGCUUUUCCUUCACUUUCCCAUCAAUCCUGCAUGAUAUAUGUUUGACUGCAGUAUGUCAAGAGUGUGAUCUUCGCCAUAGUAUCCUUUCGCCCAAGUUUUCUGCACUGCCUGGCGCCACGCUAAGCACUUGGAUUUAUCUAUCUUUACAAUGGAAAAAUCCGUCCUCGAUAAUGCAAACCCCACCAUCCUAAACGUUUCCCAGCUACCCAGCAGGAGGCAGAAGCAAACAGUAGUUCGACGCGGACCCGAAUCCAAGUACGACGACAUCCUCUUCCCGAGGCAGGCUGGCCCCUGGGGCUCAGCCAGGAAUGUUUCAUCGUGGCCUUCGGACUCCGAGGACGAUGACGAACUGAACGAAGAGCCAAUCGAUGAGCAGGAAAUAUAUGACCUUAUUUCCACAAUAUCUGAUCCUGAGCAUCCUCAUACACUUGGACAGCUGUCUGUCGUGAAUCUUCCCGACAUUCAUAUUACGCGGCCAGGGCGAACAGACCCAAGCUCCUUGGCGACAGUCCUUGUCGAAAUCACCCCGACCAUUACCCACUGUUCCCUCGCUACCGUUAUCGGUCUUGCGGUGAGAGUUCGCCUGGAGCAGGCUCUUCCACCCAACUACCGAGUGGACAUCCGGAUGAAGGAGGGAGCUCAUGCCCAGGACGACCAGGUUAACAAGCAGCUAGCGGACAAGGAGCGAGUUGCCGCCGCUCUGGAGAACGACACUCUCAAGAACGUCCUUGACAAAAUGCUCUUGACAUGCGCCUAACGUCGCCAAGCGAGCUUUAUCCCUUGGGCCACAAGCACAUCCCUACACGCAGAUUGGUCCGCCCUUUCGUCCCUGCGAAAAUCUUUCGGGGGACCCCCGUCACCGAUGCGCGUCCGUCUGUGC